CAAACUUGGCUUACCAUCACCUACAACUCUACCCGGUACCGCCAUUGAGGUACCAUUUGCGUUUGUGGGAGACGAAGCUUUUCCACUUCAGCGCAAUAUGCUUCGUCCGUAUCCUGGGAGAAAUUUGGCUGAUCCUGAGGCAGUGUUUAACUAUCGCUUGAGCCGUUCCAGAAGAGUCAUUGAGAACAGUUUUGGUAUCCUGGCUGCCAGAUGGCGUCUCUUUAGGAGGCCGAUAAUUGCUUCUCCAGAUCACGUAGUGCUUUUCACCCAAGCAGCAAUAGCCCUACACAACUACCUGCGAACUACUGAGUCAACAGUUUACUGCCCACGCGGAUUUAGUGAUGCAGAGGAUGGAGCAGGGAACGUCACUGAAGGAGCCUGGAGAAGUGAGGUGGAUGGUGAUAAUGGAUUGAGCAGGAUAGGCUCUGUAGGAAGCAAUAUGUAUAGUAGAUCUGCAGCUACAUGUAGGGACACUAUUCGCGACUACUUUAUGUCCUCUGAAGGAGAGGUGACAUGGCAGUACAACCACAUCCAUCGUACAGAAUACUAG